ACUGGAUAACAAAUGAAAGACCUGAUCUAGACUACCCACAAGACAUCCGAGAAGCAGCGUUCCUAACCAAUAUGAACGACGUUCAAUCAGUGAAAUGCGCGCUGAUUGAAUCGUUUCUAAGAUGUGACACUAAAUUAAACCAUUUAGAAAUCAAUGAAAUAAUUAGUCCCCAAAUUUUAAGUGAUAUUCAUGUAAAUUCCUCGAUUUCUAAAUUACACAUAGAUUACAACACUCUCGGGACAGCCGAAUUUACUCCCAUUUUCAAUAAUCUCGCCUUAUCUCACCUGUCCCUUGCAUGGAACACCCUUAGUUCGGAUGGAUUAGCAACAUGCCUUUUAAUAAAUACUACUUUAACUUCUUUACGCCUUGCACAUAACGUCCUUAGACCAGAAGGUGGAAGUGAGCUUGCAGAGGUUCUUCGUAAUCAUGUGUCUCUAACAUCUUUAAAAUUAAUACAUACCCGAUUUGAUUACACCGGAAAAAAAGCUCUGGCGAACGCGCUUUGCGAUAACACAUCUCUACUAUCUUUAAGUAUUCAUGACAAUGUACGGGAUUUAGAAGGUGGAGAAGUCUUUGCCGAGACUCUACGGAUGAACAAUAAUUUAGAGUCUUUGAGACUUGGAGGUGGUCAAAUCAACGGUCAAGCAGUGAUUAGUUUAGCGAAUGCUCUUUCUAGAAACACAUCCUUAACAUCAUUAGAAUUCUUGAAUUGCGAGAUUGGCCAAGAAGGAGGCGCAGCGUUGGCCCGUGUCCUCAGAGAAAAUAUCAAUUUAAAAAAUUUUGGUAUUAUCGAUGCGGACAUUGGUUCUGUGGGUGAAAUUGCGGUUAUAAAUGCUCUCAGUGAUAACACUACUUUAACCUCUUUAAACUUAGGGUUUAACCAGACAGAACCUGAAAGAGGAAGUAUAAUUGCACACGCUUUCUCUACCAAUAACACGAUAACCUCCUUAGAUCUUCAGCAUAAUAAAAUUGGUAAGAAUGGUAUAGAAGCAUUGGUGCGAGCUUUUGAAGCGAACACAUCCCUUACCGACCUGAACCUUUCGAGUAAUGAGCUUAAUGAUAAUGACAUUAAGCCUUUGAUGAACGUACUUGGAGUGAAUAUAAUAUUGAAAUAUUUGAACCUUGGUUCAAAUCAUCUUGAAGCCGGAGAACUUUUAGCAAAUGCUCUUUGUGAAAAUAAAACAUUGAUCACUUUAAUUCUUUCUGAUAAUCACCUUGAUUCUAUCGGAGGAUCGUUGUUAGUAGAAGUUCUUUGUAAAAAUAAUGAUACUCUAAGAUUCUUAGAUUUCCGAAAAAAUAAACUAGAUAUUUUAGAACGAAGGCAAUUAGCAUCGAGACUCACCAGUAGAAAGAGUUUAAUAGCAUCGAGACUCACCAGUAGAAAGAGUUUAAAUUUAAAUUAUCGACUUUAA